UUCGUAUUAAAUAAAAUUUAUAUCAAGAACAGAAAAAUAUGAGUUAUCACCUACACUGUAAUUUGGAAUCAUUUUCUACUUUACAGAAAGAGAUUGAUAAAAGCCGAGCGCUACCUUCUCUUUCUCUCCCCUUGUCAUUUUUAUUUAAAAGUGCAUAUUGAAUUACUUUCGCACAAGUGUACAAACGUUUGUUGUCGUUGUUUAGUCUAAGUUGUCUUUAAUAUCUUAUUUUUCUUGAUGUCUUUUUGUUAGUCAACUACUAUCCAUUUCAAAAAAGAAUGUACUCUACCAUUUUCUUUUCAAAUUUUCUAGAAAAGAGAUAGAGAGCUGCGGUUUUCAGCUUGUGAAAGUAUGCAGAUAACCCAGCAGCCCUCAUACCUCCGGCUUUGCCGAAGUAACGCGAUUUAUGGGUUUUUAGCCUAAAAAACGAUGAUUUAUCAUUAGCGUUUUUCAAUAGUUUAUUACUCAAAUGUCCAAUUAUAACAUGUUUGUGCAUAUCCUAUCCCGUAAUUCAGCAAUUACUCAACAAUAUUGUUCGCUAGAAGCUAUGGAUGAAUCAGAUCAAAGAUUUACACAUGGCUACAUCAAACGACAUAACCGUUCAUGAAUCAAUUAUACACAUUAUCAAAUGUGCUCCCUAAUAUCACUGGUUUACAGUUAUCGGUUCCUAGUAAAACAUUUAAUGAAUCAGUCUGUUUAAUUGUUGACAGCUUUCAAUAUCUGAAAUACCUGAAUUUUCGUUUCAGGAAGAUUGGACGUCGUCUUGUUAAAAAACACUAGUUAGACAAAGUACUAACAGGUUGAAAUAUCGAAAGAAUAAUUUUGUUUGCACUCUUUCUGCAAAUGAAAGUAUUGAAAUUUGGAUGUGAUAACACUUCUACAGAUAAAGUUAAAGAAAAGGCAAGCAUGGUCGCUUUGGUUCAAGAAUAGAAUUCUAGCGCGUAAGUCUUCUUUUUCUUUUUCUGUAUGUCACAUAUCCAUAUCCGAAUGUGAACAUUAGGAGACAUUCGGAAAAGAAGAAGAGAAAUUUUUCGUUCUGUUUUCCUUUCUUAUUUAUCCGUUGUCCUUUCGUCUUGUCGUGUGCUGAAAUAAACUUGUUUCUCACAUCUUUGUCAGCUACGUUUCGGUAAAAGUACGUAAAACACUUUUAAUCAAAAAAGAAGCGUUAGCUUUGCUGUAGGAGACAAUGAGUAUUUUCUAUUAUCUUCUACUAUUCGAAAUUGAUAAGCGUCUCUUUUCAGAUACUAAUGGAAAAAUUCAUGUUUAUGUUGACUUUUAAAGUGACUAACGAGAUCCGAUGGAACAUUACUAGCCAAAAACCAAUUCUCUCAAGUUCAGCGGACGUUCAUAAAGGACAUUCUGCGCAGAUUGAUAGACCGUAUUUGGAUACUUUCCUUUUUUUCUUCGGUCCAAGUGAAGGUGAGCAAGUUUCUGUUACUAUAGUAACAUAUUCUUCGUUUAAAACACUUAAUUGUAUCACUGACAUUUCUCCCCAAACUCUAGCACUGAAGACUUUUGCCAGGCUCUAUUUUCUUUUGAUUUUUGAGAAGAUAAACUUUUAAUUUUAACAAAAAAAUGUCUUAGGCGUAGUAUUUUGUAAGGAAAAUUAAAAAACGUUGAGUGGACAUGUAAAAAUAGAUCAAUCGUCAUAUAAGCUACGAAUUGUUGUUCGUUCAAAUUUGUCAACGGGGAGUAUUAGUUUAUUGUUGGAUAAAGUGGGUAGAAGAGGAAGUAAUUGAAGAAUUUGUUCACAUUGGAAUAAUAAUAAAAAUAAUCGUCUAUCUUCGUCGACUUGAUAAUGAACAAGAUACGCAAGAAUGUUUAUAAGUUCUACAGUAUCUGUACACAUAUGAGUAAUGAGAUGUAGUAUCCAUUGACGAUAUGGAUUUGCCAUUUCCCUUAACAAAAGUUGACUGUUAAGAUUUCUUCCUAAAAAUAGAUAAUAACUUUAAGCGAAUUCGCUAAAUAAAUUGUCUUUUCAGAUAUUUUUUUAUAAAUUUUUCAUCAAUAUUCUUUGCCGUUCGUUCUGUUGUGCUGUGUUUUAAUGGUCCCAAGACAGUAUCGAUUAGUCACGGAUGAAGAACGUGAAAUUGUCACUAAUUUAGCUGUGAAUUACGGCAAAAAUUUGAAACUAAUUCGUGAAGUGAUUAUUGAAGAACCAUAUGGAGUGAUUACAGAAUAUUAUAGAAAAAUUAAAGAAAAAACAGCGAUGUCUACACCUCGUCAAUUAACAGAUUUUGAAAACGACGAAUCACCAUCACGAAAACAAAGAUCCAACACAGCUGUUUCCACAAACAACGUUAAUCUGGCUCAGUUGGAUAAACCAUCGACAAAUGAAUUGGAAAACGCACAACCUUACGAAGAGAAAAUUGAAGAUGCUGAUAUCAUUUAUGAUGAAAUAUCAUCAACAGCAGCACGAAACACUUCAUUGUCGUCUGAUCUACUUCUUGUCACGUCUAUGACCACUGGUAGAGCGCUAAGUCGUUCAGCACUUCUAUCAUUUGCCCAUUUAUUGGUCAAAAAUGAAGUGGGUCAAUUAAAUGCGUUAACUACAUGUGAUAUGAAAGCAUCUAUUUCACAAUUAAAUAAUGAAGAAGUUUUCGCGUUAACAAAUGAAACACAACCAAAUGAUAUAAUGGCCACGACUAUGACUUAUCAACAUCGUGUUCUGCCAACAACCACACCAAAUCUUACACAGUUGGGAUGCCGAAGUACAAUAACUACUUCGAUGCGUGUUUCACCCGUGCCACCAUAUCGUCAUCAACGUAAUUUGCCGUCUUCACCGCCAUCAGAUGAAUUUGACAUGUCUCGAACAGCACCGUUACACAGUCGACCAAUAACUUUAUCUGACAUUACCAAUAUGGAAGAUGAAGAUGUUAAAUUUUACAAAAUAACAAAGAGACGAGCUCCUCCAAAUUCAGUGGUGGUAGCAUCGAUCUACCAAGAUGCCAAAUGUUUCAUUCGUCGUCUACACAAGUAAGUACAUCAGAUCUCUUUUUCCUGUACUCAAACUAUUCUUGACAGAAGAUAUGCUGUAUUUUCUUCUUUUACUGAGGAGGAAACCUCACCAACUGAUACACUCCGUUUGAGCUGAUAUUUUGCUCAUAGGUAGGAAUCAUAGUGUAGAUAAAAACUCUAAAAGGAUUCGUCCCAUUACCUUGUUCCUGGUGAGACAUAGAAAAUUUUAGUGAAUUUUCGCUAGAGAACCCCAGUUUUUCAGCCAAAUCAUAUCCUGGAAUUUCGACUUGAAACUUUCGCCGAAUGAAGUUCUAAACUAGACCAGCUUUCAAAAAAAGUUUUUUCCAACAUUUUAGAAACUCCUUAUCGAUUUUCUGGCAAAUGAAAAAAGUCAAUUCAUAGAAAAUCCAGCGGAUUUUCUGUAAAGUAGAAAAUCAACAUUUUCUAAACACCCAGAAAAUGGCUGAAGCUUUUAUAAAAGUUGGAAAUUCCAUGACAAUUUUCUCUUCGAAAUUAAUUUGCCAGAACUCUGCAAGGCUUUUUAGCCGGAUUUUUACCUAAGCGUGCUUUUUUAUCGUGGUUUUCAAGGUCUUUUAUUCUUCAUUAUUUCUGUGAGGUGUAGAAAGAGAAAGAGAAGGUAGCGCUCGGCUUUUAUCAAUCUCUUUCUGUAAAGUAGAAAAUGAUUCCAAAUUACAGUGUAGGUGAUAACUCAUAUUUUUCUGUUCUUGAUAUAAAUUUUAUUUAAUACGAA